AUGUCGAAUAACGCCGAAAGAAUCGCAGAGGAUGAUUAUGAGGAGAACAAUGAUUCUUCGCCUGUGACAGGAGCUUUCACGGACAGCUCCUAUGCCAAAGAGACCAACCCCAGUUUGAAAGGUCAAGUUCCUGUUCAAGGAGACAAUGAGCAAAUUGAAGACCCCAUGCAACCUCCAUACUCCAACUCAGAUCAGCAGCUCCAAGAGGACGAAAACGAUGCGCUAGACAAGUCCAACAUUUUGAGGGGAGAUCGCCUCCGCCAUGCCAAACCUCAAUCUUCGAACAAAUAUAACGAAGGGCCAGGCGAGGACGAUUUGCCGGCCGAAGCCUAUUGA